CGCACACAUAGAUGGAGUAGGAGUGGAGUGGGCGGGACUUGCGGAGCGUGUGCAGGACUGUGCGGCGCUCAUAUUUUGUACCAGUAUGCGGUACAUCUAGUUUUCAUAAUAAUUGUCAUAAACAAAUUGUCAGUGUAAGUUAGCUGCAUCUCCUUUAUUGAAUCUCAGCAUUAAUUUGUCAGUGUGGGUUAGCAUAUUCUUUAUUGUAGCACUGCUGUAUAAUUACAUUAAAUUGGUAGUUGCUUGUCUUGAGUAGUAGGUAGAAGACUAAAAAUUAGAUGUCACACGUGGAGGUGUGAAAUCAACAUUAUGUUGCAUCAUGUUGCAAUAUAGGCAACGGUAACCUUCAAACACUUGUCCCAUUUAUACUGAAAGCUACAGUAUGUCUUUAGAGGUUCAGAUCCCAUAUAUAGCAUACAUUUGCAAUUGUGCUAUAAAACUGUAGAAUGCUUGUGUGAUUGUAUUAUAACUUUUCUCUUCCCAGACCCAGAACAUGAAUUCCUCUGUCUCUAUUUCCUUGGGACCAUUAUCAUUGUUGGUGAUGAAUGGCUAUUCACUGUACAUGAUAAACAGUUUGGAGACUCCAAAGCUUAAUGCCGGUGGUCAGCAAAUAAAGACUGAAGAAGAGGGACCUCAAAAUUCAUGUUCACGUCAUGGCGAAAAGGAUUGGCAACACAAAGGAGUUAAAGAAAGACAUCUUAAUCAGACACAGACAUCAAUCUUGGAGACUUCAAAGCUUAAUGCCGGUGGUCAGCAAAUAAAGAUUGAAGAAGAGGGACCUCAAAAGUUAUGUUCACGUGAUGGCGAAAAGGAUUGGCAACGCAAAGGAGUUAAAGAAAGACAUCUUAAUCAGACACAGAAAAUUAGUUCCUCUGUCUAUAAUCCCUUGGGACAGAUUUCCCUGUACAUGAUACACAACUUGGAGACUCCAAAUCUUAAUGUCGGUGGUCAGCAAAUAAAAGCCGAAAAAGAGGGACCUCAAAAUGCAUGUUCUCGUGAUUACGAGAACAAUUGGCAUCACAGAGGAACUAAAGUAAGACACCUUAAGCUACGGCAAACAAGAUUCCCUGAAAGGAAGCCUGAUUUAGUGCAGCUGCAGCAACAACCGUUUUUCAUUUAUCCUUGUCCAAAAUGUGGAAAGGGUUACAAUAACAAAGAGGAAUAUCGCGGACACAUGAAGGAAAUGCAUCCUGUAGAGAAGACGCACUACUGCAAAGAUUGUGGCAAAAGUUUUGCCAUUGCCGGUGGACUGCGCAACCACCUAAGACUCCACACUGGUGAGAAGCCAUUUGAAUGCCAAGAGUGUGGAAAGGCCUUUAGCUCUAAAGCAAUUCUCUGGAAACAUAAAAAUUCUCACACCAAGCCCUACUACUGCACAGAGUGUGGAAAGAGUUUUGGAAGUAAGACAACAUUUAAUACACACAAACGAAUACACAGUGGAGAGAAGCCAUACAAGUGUUCUCACUGUGAGAAAGGUUUUUCUACCAAAGUUGCUGCUGUAACGCAUGAGAGAAUACAUACAGGAGAGAAGCCAUAUGGUUGCAAAGUGUGUGGAAAGUCUUAUGCUUCAUACACAGCAUCUUAUACACAUGAGAGAUCCCACAAUGUGGACAAACUCUUUCACUGCAAAGAGUGUGGACAUAGUUUUUCUGUUGCCGGUAAUUUAGAGAGGCACAUGCAAAUUCACACUGGACAGAGGCCUUUCAAAUGUCUUCGCUGUGGACAAAGGUUCAGGCAAAAGGUCCACCUUACAGCACAUCAAAAGACACACUCAAAAUAAGCCAUAAAGCUUUAGGGAUGUCAGAGCUAUUGAUGACAGUGAUGUGACACAAAUACAAGUACUGUACAUUUAAACUCCACUAAUAUGGCAAUGUCAGUAAAUAACACAAUGUAGUCAUUCCUUUUUGUCCAUUUCCAAUUUUUUCAACCAUUUAGCACUAAGGGAGUACCCUCUUCAUCAACAACAGAAAAUGUUAUGUUUCUGGUUGGGAAAAGACAUAUUGCGAUGCCAGUAUUCAUGGUAAAAUAAAUACAUUGUGUUGUUUUAAUGCAGGAUCUUAAACCUCAACAAGGUCAGCAACAAGUCAGCAAGUUCUGUGUGGACCCCAGGAAGAGUAGCUGAUGUUUUCUGCAUCAGCUAAUGGGGAUCCAAAUAAAUCAUCAUAAAUCAUAAAUCCAUGCUCUAGUCUAGAGCAUGAACUGAGUGAGCACUUGACCCUAGUGCUGCUUAUGACUAAAAAAGAUUACCUCUGGGAGCAUUAGUGCUGACCAUCAAAAGAUAGACAGAUAGCUCCAGACUUUUCUUAUCCAAGCACCACCUGUGGGUUAGGUAUUUGCUGUCUCGGUAUCUCAGGAGGGGUAUACGUACUGAUGUGUGACUUGAUCUUCAGUCCGAUCCCGGGAACACUCUGGUUUAUGUUGUUGGUGUUUUACUGGCAAAAAUAAACCAUUUUUGCAUCAAACGCGGCCUGUCUGAAGACUUUGUUUUCAGACUUUGUUUUCAGCACAGUUUUUAACAGUGAAUUUUGGUCGCAGUCAUGAGCUAAAUUUUCUGCUUAUCAACUGGCCAGAAGGGAUGGAUUUCUACUACAACGUUAUAGGCCCCAGCCGUGGCGUGACUGGCUGGGGCACCUGCACCAUACGCCAGCGACCCAGGUUCGAUUCCCGCCCCACGGUUCCUUCCGGAUCCGUCCCCGACUCCCUCUCCUACUCUCCUCCUGUCAAUCUCCACCGUCCUGUCUCAUUAAAGGCAUAAAAAGCCCA